AUGACAAGACAUUCCAGUGUGAGAUGUGUUUCAGAUUCUUUUCUACAAACAGUAAUCUUUCAAAACACAAGAAAAAGCAUGGGGAUAAGAAGUUUGCAUGUGAAAUCUGCAAUAAGAUGUUCUACCGAAAGGAUGUCAUGCUAGACCAUCAAAGGCGACACUUGGAAGGGGUGAGGCGUGUGAAAAGAGAAGACUUUGAGCAUAGCACGGAAAACAUGGUUCGCUACAAGAAGGAGCCUUCGGGAUGCCCUGUGUGCGGGAAGGUGUUUUCAUGUAGGAGCAAUAUGAACAAGCACCUUUUAACACACGGAGACAAGAAAUAUACUUGUGAAAUCUGUGGACGUAAAUUUUUCAGAGUGGAUGUGUUGAGAGAUCAUAUUCAUGUCCAUUUUAAGGACAUAGCAUUAAUGGAUGAUCACCAGAGAGAAGAGUUCAUUGGUAAAAUUGGAAUCUCAUCAGAGGAAAACGAUGACAACUCGGAUGAAAGUGCAGAUUCUGAGCCUCACAAGUAUAGCUGCAAAAGGUGCCAGUUGACUUUUGGCAGAGGGAAGGAGUACCUGAAGCACAUAAUGGACGUGCACAAGGAGAAGGGCUAUGGCUGUAGCAUUUGUAAUCGACGUUUUGCCUUGAAGGCAACUUACCACGCACACAUGGUCAUUCAUCGGGAGAACCUGCCUGAUCCUAACGUGCAGAAAUACAUCCAUCCAUGUGAAAUCUGUGGAAGGAUUUUUAACAGUAUAGGGAAUCUGGAAAGGCAUAAGCUUAUACAUACAGGUGUAAAAAGUCAUGCUUGUGAGCAAUGUGGCAAAUCAUUUGCUAGAAAAGACAUGUUAAAAGAACAUAUGCGAGUCCAUGAUAAUAUCCGAGAAUACUUGUGUGCAGAAUGUGGCAAAGGAAUGAAGACAAAACAUGCACUUCGUCACCACAUGAAACUUCACAAAGGGAUUAAAGAAUAUGAAUGCAAGGAAUGUCACCGAAAAUUUGCACAGAAAGUCAACAUGCUGAAGCAUUACAAAAGACACACGGGAAUCAAAGAUUUCAUGUGUGAGCUCUGUGGCAAGACGUUUAGCGAGAGAAAUACAAUGGAGACUCAUAAGUUGAUUCAUACAGGAAAACAGUGGACAUGUUCAGUCUGUGAUAAGAAAUAUGUCACUGAUUACAUGCUGCAGAAGCACAUCCAGCUUACUCACGAUAAGGUGGAAGCCCAGAGCUGUCAACUGUGUGGGACAAAGGUUUCUACCAGAGCGUCCAUGAGUCGCCAUAUGAGGCGUAAACAUCCGGAGAUUCUUUCCGUGAGGAUUGGUGAUAUAGAGCAGCUGCCAGAGAUGACUACCAUUGACGCCUCCUCAAUUGGGAUUGUUCAGCCGGAAUUAGCCUUGGAACAGGGAGAAUUACCAGAAGGGAAGCAGCAUAUGAAAGCGCUUAAACGUGGCCAGAAACGAAAACAAAAGUCAGGUGAGGAGGAGGAAGCUCAAGUGCCUGAGGACCCUGCCUUCAGUGAAUACACAGAGAAGGAAGGUGAAUUCACAGGGAAUGUUGGAGAUAAGACUAAUUCAGCUGUACAGAGCAUCCAGCAGGUGGUGGUGACCCUUGGCGACCCGAAUGUCACAGCCCCUUCCAGUUCUGUCGGGCUGACAAAUAUCACUGUUACCCCCAUUACGACGUCAGCUGGAACCCAGUUCACAAACCUCCAGCCAGUGGCCGUGGGCCACCUGACUGCACCUGAACGCCAGUUACAGCUGGACAACUCGAUUCUCACCGUGACGUUUGACACCGUCAGCGGUUCCGCCAUGCUGCACAACCGCCAAAAUGACAUUCAGAUCCAGCCGCAGCCGGAGGCAGCCAAUCCUCAGUCCGUGGCCCAUUUUAUAAACCUGACCACCUUGGUGAACUCCAUUGCUCCUCUAGGGAACCAGAUAACAGAACAGCAUCCUCUGACAUGGAGGUCGGUGCCUCAGACUAAUGUGUUGCAGCCCCAGGCGCAGCCAACGCCACAGCAGUCAGGACAGCAACAGGUUCAAACAGAGCAACAGCAACAGAUGUAUAGCUACUAAUUUAUACUUUGAAAAGUUUUGAAAUGGACAGUACUUAGAGACAAAAACGCACAGAUGUUUGGAAAAUUUCUAAUAGGAUUGUUUGCUGGAUACCAAACAGAGAUAGGAAAAUGUUUAUACAAUGAAAUGUAAGCUAAAAUUGGCAUAGCAGCCUGCAGCACCCUAACCCUGAGAUUCUCACGCUGUCUCUAGACCUUGCACUGU